AAGCUAUUGAAAACCCUAGGUACGUUCAUAUGAGGAAAUCAUAUUAAAUUAUGAAUCUAUUUUCCCAUCUAUCUUCAAAGGUCACUGCAGAGUCUCCCUCUCCAUCGACUCUAUUCCUAUGGCUCCAAAGAAGGAAAAGGCUCCGCCGCCAUCUUCCAAACCCGCCAAAUCUGGCGGUGGAAAGCAGAAGAAGAAGAAGUGGAGCAAAGGAAAACAAAAGGAAAAGGUGAACAAUAUGGUGUUGUUUGACAAGGCUACGUACGAUAAGCUUCUCGUUGAAGCCCCCAAGUUCAAGCUCGUUACUCCUUCCAUUCUAUCUGAUCGUCUCAGGGUAUGCAAUUCUCUAUUUUUCAUGUUGGGUUUUGCUAUUUCCUUGCUAGAUUGAUAGAUUGAAUGUGUA